AUGAGGAUUGGUGUGAGUGGGAGCCGCUGCCUGCAGCGAAGGGCAGCCCUGCCCCAUCCAGCCGCCUCCACAGGAGCCCCACAGCAGGCAGCUGCCCUGCAGGACACAGCCAGUGCAGACAGCUCUGGGCAGCCGGUGCCCUGGCUCAGCACCACGAAAGGAGCCUCAACUCAGGCGUCGGAGGCUGAGAAGGAGGAUCCCUCCGGAGACACCAGCGCCCUGGCCUCUACAGCCUUAUUGCCAGGAGAGCAGGAGGUGCAGGGCCCUGUCCCACUUGCUCAGGUUCCCACACCCAGGACACGUCUCCAGGCUGCCCCACAGCUGCAGACAGAGUCCUCAGGCCUGGGCUUGCUGCAUGAGAGGAGGCCGGGGCAUGGCACUGCCCGGCUCUGUGAGGAUGCAUCAGGCUGCCGGGCAGCUCUGGUCAGCGCCCAGGCCCGUGUGGCAGAGCUGGAGAGCCAGGUCCAGAUGCUUGAGGUGGAGCGGACACAGCAGAGGCUGUUGCUGGAGAGUCUCCAGCAGCAGCACCAGAAGAACCUGGAUCUUCUCGAGAGCCCCUACAGGCGGCAAAUGAAGGUGUUGGAGGAGAGCCACGGGCAGCAGGAGGAGAGGCUGCGGCAGGAGCUGGAGCAGCUGAGGGCUCAGCUGCUGUCGCAGAGCCAGGAUGCGGAGCAGGCGCAGGCAGAGCUGCAGGCACAGCACCAGCAGCAGCUGGCAGCACUGGAGCAGCAGCACACGCUGGAGGUGAAGCGGCUGCAAGAGCUGCAGAGGACGUCCAUCCAGGAGCUGCGCCAGGACUACGACGAGCAGCUGCGGCGGCUGCAGCGGCUGAAGGAUCAGGAGGUGGAUGCGGUGACCAGCGCCACGUCACACACCAGGUCUCUGAACGGCGUCAUCGAGUGGAUGGAGAAGUUCUCCAGUGAUCUGCACGAGCUCUGGCACAAGGUGGAGGCCAAGCACCACAGCACCUCCCAGGAGCUGGCCACGUGGGCACAGCAGCUCAGGGUGCUCCAAGACAGGAUGUUGCAGCAGCAGAAGGACAUGGAGGAGGAACAGAGACGACACCAGGACGUGAUUGCUAAAGUGGAGGCCAGGCUGAGCGAGCAGUCUCAGCAGCUGGAGCAGGAGCGCUGCAGGGCGCUGACGGAGCAGUGCCAAGUGGGAUCUCUGCAGCGCUCGCUGGAGGAGCGGCAGCAAGUCCUGAGCCAGCAGCUCUCCAAGGAGCGAGCAGAGCUGGAGAGGGCCAAGAGCACUUUUCUGGCGGAGCAGCAGUUGGUGGUGCAGAAGUGCUCAGAGGAGUACCAGAAGCUGGCGACUGAGUGGGCUGAACUUCGUGCCCAGCAGCAGCAGAGCAGGGAGCUGGCAGAGCUGAAAGCCAAGGAGGAGCAGCUGGAGAAGGCCAGAGAGCUGCAGGAUAAGGCCUGGCAGAAGCUGAGGCUGGAGAAGGAGAGGGUGAAGGUGGCUGCGCAGCGCGUCCGGCAGCAGGAGGAGAAGGUGCAGAGCAGGGCCAAGCUCUCAUCCCAGAAGGACAAGAGGGGGCAGCGAGUGCUGCAGAAGGCUUGCAGGGGGGAGUGUGAGCACCCAAGGAGGCUGCAGGCCAUGCAGCAGCGCUUGAAGCAGCUGAGGCAGCAGGAACAGCACCUGCAGGAGGAGUGGCUGAGCACAGCUCUGAAGAGGAGACAGCUAGAAGAGCGAUGUGAGGAGCUGCCCAACAACCCCAUGAUGCUGCUGACUGCAGACCAGGACCUCGGUGCCCCUGUGAACAGCCUCUCCAGCACACUGUUUCCCCUGACGACAGCGGCACCACAGAGCUGGGGUCUUGUUGCAGAGCCUCCAGCUCCUGUCAGGGUGCUCCCUCAGCACAGCCCUGGGGCUGGCAGGGACACCCUGGCCACAGCCAGCGGCACCGAGCUCAUUGACGCCACGCUGCUGCUGCUGAAGUUCAGGGCCCAGCAGGACCAUGGUUUCUUAGAGAAUGAGGAGUUCUACCUGGAGAGUCUGACAAGAUCAUCCUAUCACACAUCAGCUCGGUCACGAGGAUGGUGGUCAGCACAUCUCACACCAGCAAAACUGCAGCCACGUCUCCACCAAUUGGUGACAAAGAAACCCAAGCUUUCUUAGGCAUUGUGGGCUUUUGGAGGCUGCACAUUCCCAACUGCUGUAAAUCCUCUCUGUCGAGUCACCUGGAAGAAAAACGAUGUCAAAUGGGGCUCUGAACAACGACAAGGCUUUCAACAAAUUAAACGAGAGGCUGCUCAGGUGGUGUCCCUUGGGCCAGUCUGAGCAGGACCAGAUGUGACAAACAUGCUCUGCACUGCAGCUGGAGAGAAUGGCCCUACCUGGAGCCUCUGGCUAGAAGCACGUGGGGAGGCUGGAGGCUGAGCCCUGGGGUUCUUGAGUCAGGGAUGCAGAGGAUCCGAGGCCCGGUGCACUCCCACCAAGAAGGGGAGGCUGGCAGCAGAUGAAGGAGUUUGAGCUGCCUCAGAAGGAAUUGGCAUGGAAGCAGGACUGUUCUCAGCACCCAACUGCCAGUGCUGGGCUGGGUGUCCAAAGGGAGGGUCUCCUCCACACAUCAGGCGACUGACGCCACAUGGAGUGAGGGGGUUGUGUUGAGCACUCAGUGAGCUCCUGUAGGAAACCCCAGUCACCCCAGCAUCCUGCACGUGAUCACCAACUGGGACUUGACCCUUUCUGACGUCCUGGGGAACCUGAGGCAGGAGCAUCCCAACAGAAUGCGGAGCAAGUGCUCAGUGGCAUCUCUCUGCAAAAGGAUCUCUUCUCUUGGGCUGGUGUGUGGGAGCUGCGUUGGGUGGGCUGUCUGAAUGCUGACAUGGUGCCUUUCUGGCAGGUUUCAGUGCGACUCACAUGCACUUGGAGGACACAGACGGUCUCGAGGGGCAGACAGUGAGUCGCCAGAACCGGCGCCAAAGGAAAAAAUCCCGGCAGUCCAAUAUCCUUGUGUGGGAAAUAGAGGUGCCCAAGGAUACAGUCACACAAUUGAUUGGCAAACAGGGCCAGUUUAUUAACAGCUUGAGGAGAGAGUCUGGGGCCACAAUUUCUCUCUCAGCGCUCCCUGAUGUUGAUGACUACGAAGUCUGUCAAAUCAAAGGCCUCUCCCAUCAAGUGAACAGAGCGCUGAGCCUGAUUGGCAGGAGGUUCCAGCACCUGUGUCUGGACAACAAACACUGUGCUCAUUUCUGCUGGGAAAAGGUUCUGUUCUAGAAGGAUGUAGGAAGGGGUACAGCAUGGGCAGCUGCCCCAGGCUGGCCAGCAGGUUUUGGAACCCAUCCUGACAUGGUGCCCAGCACAUGUGUGCAGUUGGGUCAGGUCCCAGCUAAUGAGCAACGACGUCACUCACCAUCCCCUUUGUACAUCCCCUCGUGCAUUGUUAGAACUGUUUCUCCUUCCCUUGUUCCUUCUUGUUGUUCCAUU